UUGACUUGCCCCGUAAUGGCGUUGCCAGUGAAUCAGGUUAUGAGCCAAUCAACACUGAAAAUCGGAGUUACUACUCCUCUUUACAACGCAGUAGUCAGUCAUAUCAACAACGAGGAUUGCAUCAAAAUCAACAGCAGCAUCAAUCAGCAACUAUCAACAUGUUGGACUUAAGCGUUUCAUUUGAGGAAUCGGCGCCUUUGAAGCAAGGCCAACAACUAGAGGUUACUACAUACCCACCUCCAACAUUUGAUUUUGGUAUGCCACGAAAUAUAACAGCUCGUUCGGGUCAAACGGCAACGAUAAAUUGCCGAGUCGAGCAAUUGGGUGAUAAAUCGGUUUCAUGGAUUCGAAAACGCGAUUUACAUAUUUUGACCGCAGAUAUUUCAACUUACACGUCUGACGACAGGUUUCAGGUAGUACGCACUGCUGAUUUAAAAGAUUGGACGCUGCAGGUGAAGUAUGCGCAGCCACGCGACAGCGGUAUCUACGAAUGUCAAGUGAACACAGAGCCAAAGAUUUCGAUGGCUUUCCGCCUGCAUGUAAUAGUGACACCGCCGGAUGCCAAAGCGUUCAUUACCGGCCCUCCUGCUCUUUAUGUGAAAGUGGGCAGUGCCAUUACGCUCACCUGUCAUGUGAAACAACCGUUAUCGGCGCCGGAUAUCGGUCCUAUCUACUGGUACAGAGCCAACUACAUGCUGACGCCUUUCGUGUCCCAUCCCAAUGAGGCCGCCAUCGAUAUGCAGCGCAUAUCAAUGGAAUCGAAGCUGGGUGUAAAGCUGGAAAGCCGGCUGCGUAUAGCGAACGCACAACUUAGUGAUUCGGGCAACUACACCUGCAUGCCGACCACUGCUGAAGCAGCCAGUGUGAUGGUGAAUGUCAUAAACGAUGAAAAUCCAGCGGCCAUGCAAAAAAGUGCAGCUUCACAUUUACAAAGCUACUGUGUUAUUCUCCUCUGCCUAGUAGGACUCUCAGUGAGGUGGUUAUCCUCGCUUUGUUCACUACAUUCACCGCAACAUCAUCAACGGCCGCAGCAAUUCAAUAAGACUCAACCACUGCUCAAAUCAGUAGACACGCCAAAAUUCAAGCAUAUGAAAGGCGAAUCUAAUUCAGCGCUAAAUAUUUACUUUUAUUUGCUAUAUGACACGUGGGGUCUCGCAAAAGGUGAACAAAUUUACGUGCGUACAUGUUCGUUCCAUAAAAUAUUUAGUUAUGAGAAAAGAUAAAAUUUCAUGUAAUUAUUUAAGGAAAAGUUUAGUUACCAAAAAAUGCUAUCCAUAUAAAUUUUAAUAUAGUAUAUUCAUACAUACAGACGUCAGAUGUGUGCUUGACUUAAAUAAUCGAAUUCUUUUAAAUGUAAUACAGAUACAUAUGUAAAUUUUUUCAAAGCUUAUACCUGUCUGCUUAGAUACUUUCGAAAAUUUAAACUUUGUACAUAAGUAGCUUACGCCAUAAAUGCACUGCCCGAACUAAUAUUUUUAGGAUAUUUAUUUUUAUGGUAUGAUACCUAAGUAUAAUAACAUACCUUUUAAGCGAAACCCC